AUGCGGAUGUUAUUUUGGCGGUGUGCGGCCAGUGAGUGGUGUGGCAUUUCGGGUGUCUGGGACAAUUGCUUAUUGACUCUCUCCCAACAGCCGUACCUGCCGACGUGUCACUGCAGCUGUGGAUCCGGCGACGAGGGAUUCUCCGGCUGUGUGGGGUGUUGUGCGGGUGCGUUGGAAGAGACAACAGCAGUACGACUGGCGGCAGCGCAUGGGUGCUGCGAAGGGCGGCGGUAUUCUUUUGCAUUUCGCCGGUUGUGUUUUUUGCGUGGGCGCUGCUCGGUGUGCGCUGAAGUGUGA